AUGUUGUCGGCUGGUAUCAUACGGCCAUCACAGUUACCUUGUGCGGCAAAAUCUGGAUACGGAAAGGAUAAACCCCUAAGAGUAUGCGGAAGCUACAUUCCGCUCAAUAAGUUACUCAAAUACUCAAAGAACAACAUGGUAUCCGAAUAUGGAGGAGUUACUCCAGACAGCUGCUACCGGAACAUACUAUACGAAACUCGACCUCAAGUGCCUCUGAAGGAAACGUCCAAACCUCUAACUACCUCCUACGGUCCAGACUGA